AUGAUUUAUGUUCCCUUCUCCGCAAGCGAUCUUUACAAUUGGAAGCAGCAGAAUCCCCCUUUUUCUGAGAAACCCCAAAGUCUGAUUUCGCUAUUAGAAACAAUUUUUUACACUCAUCGCCCCACUUGGGACGAUUGUCAGCAACUCUUACAGGUCCUCUUUACUUCCGAAGAACGGGAUCGAAUUUGCCUUGAAGCUCGGAAGCAGGUUCUGGGCACGGAUGGCCAACCCACCACUAAUCCGAUUAUUCUGGAGGAGCACCUCCCGGCCCAACAACCCAAUUGGGAUCCGAAUUCAGAUGCUGGUGAAGGAGCUUUGAUCAGGUACCGCCAACUCUUGUUGCAAGGCUUGCGUGGCGCAGCACGAAAGCCAACUAACUUGACUAAGGUUAGCGAAGUCGUUCAGGGAGCCCGGGAAUCUCCAGCCUCAUACCUAGAACGUCUGCUUGGGGCAUACAGGCAGUAUACGCCUAUAGAUCCCCGGGCACCCGAGAACGCGAGGGCUAUUAACAUAGCUUUUGUAAGUCAGUCAGCCUCAGAUAUUAGAAAGAAAAUCCAGAAAUUAGAUGGGUUCGAGGGGAAGAAUCUUAGCGAACUGGUUGAAAUAGUGCAGAAAGUCUUCAACAAUCGGGAAGACCCGGAGGUGACAGGCACAAAGAAAAUGACGAAAGUCGUUUUAGCAACCCUACAGGAAACAAGCAGCCCCCAAGAGCCCUUGGUAACCUUAACUGUGGGGGGCCAACCAACCACAUUCUUGGUGGACACCGGAGCAGCCCACUCCAUACUCCAAAAGGGGGUCGGGGAACUCACCAAAGAAAAGACUCAAAUUACAGGGGCAACAGGGCGACCCAGGACUUACCCAUGGACUUCAGCCCGCAUAACUGACCUGUGAAAAUGGACUAGCACCCACUCGUUUUUGGUAAUCCCUGAAUGCCCUUACCCCCUGUUGGGACGGGACCUCCUACGGAAGCUGCGGGCAUCAGUAUCGUUCCAAGAAGAUGGCACUCAUUUAAGCCUUGGUGCCCAGCAGCCCGCUGCUCUUUUGCUUACAGUGUCCCUAGAAGACGAGUAUCUUUUCUUUGAGAACCAGAUCCCUGAAACUCCCUCUGAGGCUUUGAGAGAACUCCAAAGAGAGAUCCCAGGAGUAUGGGCUGAGAGCAACCCCCCUGGUCUAGCAUCUCAUCAGCCUCCAAUCGUUGUACAGCUUAAUAGUUCAGCUACUCCGAUUCGAAAACCACAAUACCCUAUUCCGCUCCAGGCGAAAUUGGGAAUACGUACGCACAUACAGAGACUUUUGGAAGCAGGAAUUUUAGUACCCUGCAGGUCACCAUGGAACACUCCGCUGCUGCCAGUCAAGAAACCCGGUACUGGAGACUAUCGGCCAGUCCAGGACUUACGAGAGGUAAAUGCUCGGGUAGAGACUAUCCACACAACCGUUCCUAACCCUUACACCCUGCUCAGCCAGUUGCCGCCAGGCCGGAUAUGGUAUUCGGUCUUGGAUUUAAAGGACGCCUUCUUCUGUAUACUUCUGGCACCGGUGAGUCAGCCUCUUUUUGCUUUUGAGUGGACUGAUCCGAACCAAGGCUUCUCAGGUCAACUCACCUGGACAUGGUUGCUGCAGGGAUUCAAGAACUCCCCCACGUUAUUCGAUGAAGCUCUGAGUAAGGACCUUUUCCCUUUUAGGGAAAUGCACCCCGAGGUUACUCUCCUGCAAUAUGUGGAUGACCUGCUUCUGGCAGCGAAAUCCGCCUCUGUGUGCCUACAUGCAACCCGGAACCUCCUAACAGCUCUAGGUUCUCUGGGUUACCGGGUCUCAGCAAAGAAGGCACAAAUCUGCAGCAGGCAAAUGACUUAUUCGGGGUUUGAUCUGAAGGGGGGAAAACGGAUGCUGUCGGCCAGCCGAGUCCAAGCGAUUCAGAAUAUCCCAACGCCCACGACUAAGUGGCAAGUAAGGGAAUUCUUGGGCACAGUGGGGUAUUGCCAACUAUGGAUCCCCGGCUUUGCCGGAAAGGCAAUAGGGAGGGAAAGGGACUCCCUUAUUUGGACAGAGGUAGAGCAAUCGGCGUUUCAGGCUCUUAAAAGGGCGAUUACUACAGCACUGGCACUGGCCCUACCCGAUCUCAAGAAAUCCUUCCAGCUCUUCGUGGCCGAAGCCCGGGGCAUAGCGAGGGGGGUCCUCACUCAGACUUUGGGCCCAUGGAGACGACCAGUUGCUUACUUAUCGAAACGUUUAGAUCUGGUAGCGGCGGGGUGGCCCACUUGCAUGAAGUCGAUCGCAGCAACGGCGAUCUUGGUGAAGGAAACCAAGAAACUAACCCUGGGACAAGACCUCCACGUCACUGGGGCUCAUGCCGUGGAAACCCUACUCCACAGCCCACCUGACCGAUGGAUCUCCAAUGCUCGAGUUACACAAUACCAGGUACUGUUGUUGUCCCCGCGGGUCACCUUUUCCAAAACAGCCAUCCUUAAUCCAGUGACUCUACUGCUGGACGAUCAACCAGAGAGCCCCUCCCAUGAUUGCGCUGAAGUCCUUGACGCACUCACCGGCACCAGACCAGACCUGACGGACGUACCACUGGGACCACCAGCCCUCGAUGUGUUUACGGACGGAAGCAGUUUCGUGAAGGACGGCAAUCGGUGUGCGGGAGCAGCGGUGGUCACCAGCUCGGAAGUAAUAUGGGCACAGUCUUUGGGGCAUGAUACCUCGGCUCAAAAGGCGGAACUGAUCGCCCUGACACAGGGUCUCCGAUGGGGAAAGGGAAAGACUCUUAAUAUUUAUACGGAUAGCCGAUAUGCUUUCGCCAUGGCUCACGUCCAUGGGGCUUUGUAUCAAGAACGAGGACUGUUAACCUCCGGAGGGAAGGACAUUAAGAACGCAAAUGAAAUCGUGUCCCUCCUGGAGGCUCUCUGGCUGCCAGAACGUGUGGCUAUAAUUCAUUGUCCUGGGCACCAACGGGAUGACUCGGUGAUCUCGCGGGGAAAUAAUUUCGCUGACAGAACCACAAAGGAAGCCGCUUUGAGAACAGUGGGGUUUGCCCUUGAAAUCCUCCCGGUUCAGCUACCGUCCCGAGCUCUCCCGGAUCGACCGACCUACUCAGAGGAGGAGAUCGAGAUGGGGAAGAGGCUACAGUGCUCUGAGACUAAGGCAGGAUGGCUGAAAUGCCCCGAUGGAAGGAUUUUUCUUCCCCAAGCACUGGGGCGAGACCUCCUUUUUCAGACCCAUCGAGCUACACACCUGGGAAUGAGCCGACUCUGCCAACUGUUCCGCCCCCAUUUCUACUUGCUGGGACUCUCGGAUUUGGCCGAUUCUAUCACCUCCAGGUGUGCCACGUGCGCCCAGGUCAACGCAGGUGCCAGCCGGCCCUCCGCCGCCCAGGGCGUCCGACACAGAGGACAACAACCAGGUGAACAUUGGAAGAUUGAUUUUACCGAAAUAAAACCUACAAAAGGCAAGUACUGAUUCCUUUUGGUUUUUGUGGACACCCAUUCCGGGUGGGUAGAAGCCUUUCCCACCAAAGGAGAGACGGCAGUAAUUGCUGCCCGGACCCUACUACACCAGAUAUUGCCACGAUUUGGAAUACCCCUAGCUUUGGGCUCCGAUAAUGGGCCGGCGUUCGUCGCCCAAACUUCCACUGGUAAGACUUUAGGAGUAGAUUGGAAAUUGCACUGCGUCUAUCGACCGCAGAGCUCUGGCCAGGUGGAACGUAUGAAUAGAACCUUAAAAGAAACUCUAACGAAAUAUGCUCUUGAAGUUGGUGAUCCCUGGACAAACCUCCUUCCCUUUGCCCUCAUGCGUGCGCACUGUUCCCCUUAUAAAAAGGGUUUUACCCCCUUUGAAAUAAUGUUUGGCCGGCCCCCACCUCUGAUUCCUCGUCUAAUGGAGGAAAUACGCACCGAAUUAUCUAACCAAACCUUACUCAAAUCCCUACAGGCCCUUGUCAGAGUCCGGGGGGAUAUUCGCCAGGAGGUCCAGUCUAAUACAGGCAGCACGGACGGCGCUCCUGAUCCCGUGCCUAGUUCCACCCCACGCAUUAACCCGGGAGAUUGGGUCUGGCUAAAGAAUUUUCACCCUGUUACUCUAGGUGCCCGGUGGAAGGAGCCAUACCAGGUGAUCCUGUCCACUCCCACAGCAGUAAGACUGGCUGAGAAACCCUACUGGUUCCACGUGACACAGGUCAAGCCUACUUCGCCUGAACUUUCAGAACAAUGGAGGGUGCGCCAGACGGGAGACUCCUUACGAGUAAAGCUGAAAAAAGUCUCCUCCCAGCAGCUGCCGGCUUCGCCAGGACCUUCAGAAAAAUGGAAGGUGCGCCAGACGGGAGACCCUUUGCGAGUACGGCUACCAAAAACCUCUUCCUAG